AUGAACAAAAUACUUAACAAAUGGACAUGCGCUUAUGAUAACGCUAAGCGUAUGCAAAAAAGCGGGUGGUCGGGGAAUUAUGUAUUGGCAAAAGAGCAUGAAUUAUAUUCAAAUGGUAAGAGUGGACAUUUCAUUUUAAUGUCAGAAUGGCUCGCUCUCCGUGAUCAACCACGUUAUGGUAGUCAGGUAGGAGGAAAUAGUGGAUCUGUGGGUAGUGGAUCUAAGAGAGCUCACGAGAGUGAUGCAAGUAAUUCCAACUCCGUAGAAUCUAGUGCUCUCCCAAUGGGGAGGGAUGUAGCAAAAAAAAGGGUAAAAAAAGAGAAAGAGUUGGAACGAUUGGACAAAAUAGCCAUGAGGCAAGAGGAAGUAAACCAAUUGUUGAAAGAAAGUACUGAGGCUAAGAAGAUGAAGAUGUUUAUGAAACUAAGUUCAAAGGAGCAUCUUGAUGACCAGAGCAAAGAGUUGUUAGAAAAGUUGGGUUGUGAUCUGUUUGGAAAUUAA